AUGGAGACUUUAGUUUUUUUGUUUUCAUUUUCUGCCCUUGGCAUUCUUUAUGCCAUGAACACCAUCCCUGAAUUUCAAGAGCCUUAUGUGAUUCUGGAGAUUGGCGUUGCUGUUUUGGUGAUCGUGUUUCUCUUCUACUUCCUCAUCACUCGUGGCAACCCACCGAAAGACGUCUUAUUCUUUGUGUUUGCAGUAUUUUGCUUUACUUGUAUCAUUGACCUGACAAGCGCCUUGGAGUAUGAUGGCAUUAUAUCUGGCUUUAUGGACUUCUAUCAGAAGACAGGUGAGCCUUACCUGGGGACAGCCUACGCCAUCAUGAUGUGUUACUGGGAUGGAAUAGCACACUUUAUCAUGUACCUGGCGAUGAUCAGCAGGAUAACAGACAGGAAAGCCUACCGUACCCUGGGCUUGUUCUGGGCUGGCUCUUUGUGUGCCAACAUGAGUGUGUUUAUUGCCGGGAUAGUGGCAGGUAAAUAUGGGUCAGACAUCCGUCCAGCCUUCUGGUUGAACUUCCUCUUCCUUUUGAUGCCUGUAUGGGGAGCAAUCACACUAUUCACAAGGCCCAAGGACAGACCUCUAAUCGGUGGAUACAAUGCUAUGCAUGUUCAGACCAUGAAGUUGAUCUGGCGCCCCUUGGACCUGUUCCUGGUGCUGCUCCUUUUAGCUGCCAUGGCCUUUACCAUCCUCAGAGGCUUGGUGGCUCUGGACUCUCCACUAGAAGCCUGUUCUGUCUACCUGAAGCACUACGAACCAUACCUGAAGGAUCCCGUGGGCUUCCCCAGAGUUAUGAUGCUGCACUUGUUCUUCUACGGACUACCCCUGAUGGGUGCAUUUGUUUACGGUCUCCUGAAGCCGGGGUGCACCUGGAUGUCAGACUGGACCAUGUUCUUAGCUGGAGCCAUGAUCCAGUGUCAGUGGGCCCACAUGGGGGGGUCCCUCCAUUCCCGUACCACAGCUCCAUUCCGUAUCCCAAAUGAGGCUUUCUGGUGUGUGCUGACAGCUAACUUGCUCUACACGGCCACUCCCAUCCUGGUGGCCUUGCGGGUUCACAGUAACCCCUAUUUCUUCCUGAAAAUUGCCCCUUUUCCUGGGCAGACAGGUUUGCCAAACAGUGAGGAGAAAGAUACCAAGUACAAAGAUAAAUAGUUUUUCUUAAUCUUCCCUGACAUUUGAAUUGAAUUACUUCAGAAGUACAAGAUAAUUUUGAUUCUUUAUUUAAAUGUUUUUUUUAAAAGCUUUGAUUGCUUAUGUAAACAGUGACACAGCUGGUAGGUUAGUGAAGUUGAAUUGUGUAUCAAUGUUUGUCAUAAUUCAUAGAACCUGUCUGCCUGUCUCCUAUUUUUUCUGCUAAUGAUUGAGAAAAGAUCAUUGAGAGGAGAUGAAUGAGUAUUAAAGUACAUCAGAAUAUUGGACCAGUCCUUUACCUCUUGCCUCAAGGAAACAGUAUGCUGGUGGCUGAAAUAGCAGGAUGUGUGAUAUAUUGUGUUGUGGGGUUGGGCAAGUUUCACGUUAAGAUAACCAUCAUCAGGACAAUUUGUGGCUCGAACACUAGCAGGUCCUCCAAAAAAACUGUUUAUGAUGCACACAAAUCAACAGAAAUGCAGACACAGCAGACGGCAAAU